GAAGUUAAAUGAGAACAGAAGUAGAUGGCGGGAAAGAUGAUGUAGAGGUGAAAUAAGAUAAAAACAAAGCGGAAAAGGAGAACAACAAGCAGAGUGAAAGUAAACCUGUAAUGUGGAGGAAACGGACAGUGAGCGCAGUGUAACCGUGACAACGAGACACGAGGACGGAUUUAAAGUGAUCAUAAAAUCGUCUUCAGACGGUCGUCGUUCGUCCAGGAGGUGGGAUUAAUGCACCUGUAAGCUGAUUUGUCAAACGCCAUCAAGCCCCGAAGAAGAACGGAGGAGGACAGCACUACUGUGGUAGAGGAGCGGUGUGUGUGCAGACAUGGCUGCUGUUGAUGAAGCGAACUGAACUUAGAGGAGAGACACAAACUAAAGUAUCCAUCCCCUCACGUCAGUGUGGAUCUGACACCAACGUCUGUAUCGCUUCUAUCGAUGCUUGUAUCGAUGCUUGUAUCGAUCCGCUCAGCUGAUUGUUGAAGCAGCAAUGAGUUCAGUUCAGUAUCUGAGAGAGUUCAUCAAGGAGAGACUAACUGCUGUUUGUGAAGAAAUCUUCUCAGAGGUUCAAAAAACCAUCGUCCAGUAUGAGGAGGAGAUCAACCGUCAGCACAGACUGCUGGAUAUCAGCCGGAAACCCGACAGAAACUCACACAUCAUAGACCUCCCACAACAACAUGACUGUGAGGAAGAGGAGGGUCUGGAUGAGCAGCAGGUCUGUAACCAGGAGAGGAACUCCAGUGUGGACCAGGAGGACCCAGAGCCUCCACAGAUUAAAGAGGAACAGGAGGAACUCUGCAGCAGUCAGGAGGGAGAGCAGCUUGGACUGAAGCAGGAGGCUGAAGGCAUUAUUGUCUGGAGUGAUGAAGAGCAGCUCAGACAGAUGGAGACCAUCUGGAAACCUGUGAUAAAGUUACACAGAAUAGAUGUCCAACAGCAGCAUGCUUUUGAGGAAGAGGAGGUUUUUACCGACCAGGAGGUCUGUAACCAGGAGAGGAACUGCAGUCUGGACCAGGAGGACCCAAAGCCUCCACAGAUUAAAGAGGAACAGGAGGAACUCCGCAGCAAUCAGAAGGGAGAGCAGCUUGGACUGAAGCAGGCGACGGAUGCCUUCAUGGUGACAUCCGCUUGUGAGGAAAGUGCACACAGUGAACCAGAACCAAACAGUGAGCAGCUCCUUUCUCACAGCUCUCCUGAAGCAGAGAGCCAAGACCAUAAAAAAAAUCAGCAUGUGGACUCAGGAUCUAUUAGAAAUGCAGAGCUGAAGAAGAGACGUCACAGAAAGAGAAUAGACAACACUCCUGUGUCAUCGAGUCAAAGUAGAACGGACACAAAGAACAAGUCUGUACAAUGUGACAUGUGUGGAAAAAUUUUACAGAAUAAAUACUUAAUGACUACACAUCUAAGAAUUCACACAGGUGAGAAACUGUAUUCUUGUAGCACCUGUGGGAAAAGAUUUACUCAGAAAUCACAUUUGGACUGUCAUGUAAGAAUUCACACAGGUGAGAAACCGUAUCCUUGUAGCAUAUGUGGGAAACGAUUUAUUCAGAAAUCAGUGUUGGACUGUCAUGUAAGAAUUCACACAGGUGAGAAACCGUAUCCUUGUAGCAUCUGUGGGAAACGAUUUAUUCAGAAAUCAAUGUUGGACAGUCAUGUAAGAAUUCACACAGGUGAGAAACCCUAUCCUUGUAGCAUCUGUGGGAAACGAUUUAUUCAGAAAUCACAGUUGGACUGUCAUGUAAGAAUUCACACAGGUGAGAAACCCUAUCCUUGUAGCAUCUGUGGGGAAAGGUUUGUCCAGAGGAUACUAUUAAAGAAGCACAUGAGAAUUCAUACUGGUUAAAAUGUUCAUACUUAGAAAAUGUGGGAAAACCGUGAGUCAUUGCUGAACAUCUGAGUUAAAGGAGGAUCCAUAUUCAAGUGAGUAAUUUUCAGUCCAGAGCAGUAAAGUUCAGUUCAAUUUAUUACGUUAUUCUAUUAAUUGUAUGAGGGAAAAUGUGAUCUUACAUUUCAUGAAGGUUAAAGUUCAGCACCUGUUCUAUUGGUUCAUUGUUUAGCUCUGCUAUUCAUAGUAUUGCUUGAUAUACUGUAAUUUGACAAAUGGACCAAAAACCAGUCCAAAUCCUCUGGUUAAGAUUUUUAAUCUUUUGCUCAAGUGAGUUUUUGUCACAAUAAAAAUGAACAAAAGUGA